AUUUUAAUUGAUUUAGGUUUUAAUUUCUCAAUCAAUUUUUAAUUUGAAUAUGUAUUUGUUAAUUUGUUACUUUUUUAAAUUUAGAUUUAGUUUAUGUUUACUGCAUGUUGAUUUUUAAUCUGGCUAUCUAUUUUGUUAAUUUGUUAGUGUUUUAAUUAUAAUUAUAGUCAUUUCAUUUUUAAUUUUAAGUAUUGUUUUGUUCUGUUUAUUUUUUUGAAUUGUUGUUGUUUGUUAUUUAGUUUGUUAACUUCAUGUAUUUAUAAUGCGGAGAAAGUCAGUUGGUCAUAGACCGUCGAGAGGACUAACGUCUGUUGACAUGGAUUCUGAUUCGUAAUCUGUGGAUAAAAGUGUGGAUGAAACAAUGUCGCAAGAAACUUUUAUUGCUGGUGUUCUGAGGAAUGAAGAUUCUGAAUCUAUUCAGAAUGAACCGUCUGUUACAAUUGAUUCUGAAUUAGUUGAUUCCGUUUUAAAGAGUCAAGGUGAAGUGUUGGAAAAAGCUACAUCUGGUGUUGGAGAAAUGAAUGUACCUGAUGCAAUAGAGCAGUGUAGUUCAGUGGAAAAUGUUAAGGAUGUAUCUGAAAAGGAGGAUUUAGUGCCUAAAGGAAAUAAACCUAAAGUCGUUCGUGCUUUUGAGCGUCGAAAAAAGAGAGAUGUUGUGGUUGAUUCAAACCUUGUAAAUUCUGAAAUUGUUGAAACUGAAGUUGCUACUGCUGUUCCAAAGUUGGCGAAGCAGCCUGUCCGUUCUUCUAAGCGUGUUAAGAGUAGUCCGAGUGUUGGUACUGAUUCGAUUGCUGUCGAACUUGCGAAAUUAAAGGCAUCGUAUACCGUGAAAAAGCAGUGAAUCAAGUUUCUUCUGAAACUACUAACAGUCCAAGCCAUGCUGUAAAACCUAACUCUCCUGAGAAAACUAUGAAGAAAAAGACUGGUGUUAAAAGAAAAGCUUCUUUUGAAUCUACUAAUUUGGAUAGUGUUGCAGACAAUGUAGACAAUGUUGAUAAGCAACCUGUUGUUCAGAAGAAAAUCACUAUUCCAACUUCUAUUUUGAAAAAACGAAUUCCUCUUAAAAAGUCUGAAUCUGAAGAUGUUUUUGUUAAU